ACUCGUCCACGCGCGCGCCGUUGAUGCACGCGCACGGAGCCAAACGAGGAAGCAGUGUGCGAGCAGCCUCUCAGCAGCUUCCACGCUCCUUACCUUCCACUCUGCAUUCAAACCAACCCACCCAGCAUUCUUUUUAAUCGUCGUGGAGGGGUGGGGGAAAAAAAGGAGGACUUUUAAAUCACACCUGUGACCAUUUCUUUUUUUAUUUUCCCCCUCCCUCCCCCGCGUUAACUCGCUCCGGCUGUGUAAAGUUGACGCGCAGGUACUUUCUAGCUGUUGUCGUGGGAGCAUGGCUGACUGUGCGGCCACGAACAGUGACGGCGAGGACGGACCCCGGCAGCCCAUGAGGGGCUUCGCACGCCAAGGAGCCCUCCGUCAGAAGAACGUGCACGAAGUCAAGGACCACAAAUUCAUCGCCCGCUUCUUCAAGCAGCCCACCUUCUGCAGCCAUUGCACCGACUUCAUCUGGGGUUUCGGCAAGCAGGGAUUCCAGUGUCAAGUGUGCUGUUUUGUGGUGCACAAACGCUGCCAUGAGUUUGUCACUUUCUCCUGCCCAGGAGCUGACAAAGGACCGGCUUCGGAUGAUCCGAGGUCAAAGCACAAGUUCAAGAUCCACACCUACUCCAGUCCCACCUUCUGUGAUCACUGCGGGUCUCUGCUCUACGGACUCAUACACCAGGGCAUGAGAUGCGACCACUGUAUGAUGAACAUACAUAAACGCUGUGUGGCCAACGUGCCCAGCCUGUGCGGGACAGACCACACUGAGAGGAGAGGUCGAAUCUACAUCACUGCUGAGAUCAAGACUAAUGUGCUCACUGUUACUAUCAAAGAGGCCAGGAAUCUGGUCCCAAUGGACCCCAAUGGUUUGUCGGACCCAUAUGUGAAGCUGAAACUGAUCCCAGAUCCUCGCAGCGAAAGCAAACAGAAGACCAAGACCAUUAAAUGCUGUCUCAACCCGGUCUGGAAUGAGACCUUUAAAUUCCACCUGAAGGAGUGCGAUAAGGACCGCCGUCUUUCCGUGGAGGCGUGGGACUGGGAUCUGACCAGCCGCAACGACUUCAUGGGGUCGCUGUCCUUUGGCAUCUCGGAGCUGCAAAAACAAGGAGUGGAUGGAUGGUUUAAGAUGCUCUCCCAGGAAGAAGGCGAGUACUUCAAUGUUCCCGUUCCGCCGGAGGGGGAGGAGGGCAACGAGGAGCUACGGCAGAAAUUUGAGCGGGCUAAGAUCGGGCCCAGCAAGAACACUGAAGGCAAAUCGGCCAACGCCGCCCGCUUCGACUCCAAUGGCAACCAAGACCGCAUGAAGCUGUCGGACUUCAACUUCCUGAUGGUGCUGGGAAAGGGCAGCUUCGGGAAGGUGAUGCUGGCAGAACGUAAAGGAACAGAUGACCUCUACGCCAUCAAGAUCCUGAAGAAGGAUGUAGUGAUCCAGGAUGACGACGUGGAAUGCACCAUGGUGGAGAAAAGGGUGUUGGCGCUAUCUGGGAAGCCUCCUUUCCUAACACAGCUGCACUCCACCUUCCAGACUAUGGACCGCUUGUAUUUCGUCAUGGAGUACAUCAACGGCGGAGAUCUCAUGUAUCAGAUCCAGCAGGUCGGCAAGUUCAAGGAGCCUCAUGCAGUCUUCUACGCCGCCGAGAUCGCCAUCGGGUUGUUCUUCCUGCAUCAAAAGGGCAUCAUUUACAGAGACCUUAAGCUGGACAACGUGAUGCUGGACUGCGAGGGACACAUUAAGAUAGCCGACUUUGGAAUGUGUAAAGAAAACAUGAACGACGGAGUCACCACCAAGACCUUCUGUGGAACACCUGACUACAUCGCUCCAGAGAUUAUCGCCUACCAGCCUUACGGGAAGUCCGUGGACUGGUGGGCCUUUGGAGUACUGCUCUAUGAAAUGCUGGCUGGGCAGCCUCCAUUUGACGGUGAGGAUGAAGAUGAGUUAUUUCAGUCCAUCAUGGAGCACCAUGUCUCGUAUCCUAAGUCCAUGUCUAAAGAGGCUGUGGCUAUCUGCAAAGGGUUGAUGACCAAACACCCGGCUAAGCGUCUGGGCUGUGGUCCGGAAGGGGAGCGAGACAUCCGGGAUCACAGCUUCUUCCGCUACAUGGAUUGGGAGAAGCUGGAAAACAAGGAAGUGCAGCCGCCGUUCAAACCCAGAGCUUGUGGACGGGAUGCUGAGAACUUUGAUCGUUUUUUCACACGCCACCCGCCGGUGCUGACCCCUCCCGACGAGGAAGUGAUUCAGAACCUGGACCAGGACGAGUUCCAAGGAUUCUCUUUUAUCAACCCGGAGUUCCCCGGAAGCGCUGCGACCGCCCCUGCCGCCGAGCAGGCUUGAUUGAAGCUCUGGCACGGACAUGACACACGGACACGCACCUCAAACAUCAAACCGUGCACUCACGAUAGCGUUUCUUGUUCACACUGCUGCAACCCGCCUCUUCUCAAGUCCGAAAUACUCACUUUGGUGCAUUUUUGCAUGCCAUAAAAAAUAAGCAUUUUAAAUAUUAAAUACAUAAAACCAUGCUCAAUAAAGUACCGGCCCUUUAACAAAAAUAUAAAACCAUAUAAUGAGAAGGGUACUUCCUGGUGAGGAAGAUAAAUGAGUCUAAUUCAAUUAAAUUCAAUAUGAAAAAAAGUUUAAAAUAAAUUGUUUUUUUCUGUAUUUUUAUGGUAUUUUUUAAAAAUUAUUUUAAAAUUUAAAAAUUAAUACAAUCUUUUUGAAAUCAUGUUUUAAUCGGUAAAAUAGCAAAAGGGAAUUUGCAUUGAGAAUAUUUUUCUACAUCCUGGUUGCAUCGCUCGACAUGUCGAUGUGUGAGUGACGGGAAGAAAAGCUACCACUCAAGUUGUUAGUUUGCACCAACAUAAUAAAAGGGUACUUCCUGGUGAGGAAAACAAGAGUGUAAUUCAAUUAAAUUCAAUGUGAAAAAAAGUUAAAAAUAAAUUCUUUUUUUCUGUAUUUUUAUGAUUUUUUAAAAAAUAUAUAUUUUAAAAUUUAAAAAUUAAUACAAUCUUUUUGAAAUCAUGUUUUAAUCAGUAAAUUAGCAUAUAACAAUAGAAGAUUCCAUUGAAAAUAUUUUUUACGUCCUAGUUGCAUCACUCGACAUGUCGAUAUGUGAGUGACGGGAAGAAAAGCUACAACUCAAACUGUUGGUUUGCACCUUUACAUUUCUAAAUCCCCAAUAUAAGGAUACUUCCUGGUGAGGAAGACACAAGAGUGUCAUUCAAUUAAAUUCAAUGUAGAAAAAAAGUUUAAAAUUAAUUCUUUUUUUUCUGUAUUUUAUGGUAUUUUUUUUAAUUAUUUAAAAAUUUAAAAAUUAAUACAAUCUUUUUUAAAUCAUGUUUUAAUCAGUAAAUUAGCAUAUAGCAAUAGAAGAUUGCAUUGAAAAUAUUUUUUACGUCCUGGUUGCAUCACUCGACGUGUCGAUGUGUGAGUGACGGGAAGAAAAGCUACAACUCAAGUUGUUGGUUUGCACCUUUACAUUUCUAAACCCCCAAUAUAACACAACCUGUGCUGAAAGGGCAGACUCACAUGCCCGGACACCAGAUUGGAAUCAGGUGAUAAGCAUGGGGGUGACUUGUUUUGGAGAUAAUCAUAACAAAAUACUAUAUAUACAUACAUAUAUGUUCGUGCAUAACUCUAAGUAACAUUAGUAGUCAUGUGAUAAAUAAUAAUAGUCAAUACUAGUAAUACCAGUGCAAUAACAAACCAUAUUUUUCUGACAUAAUUUUUCCAUUUUUGACUCAAACCAGAAGAGGUUGGUUGUGCAGUGUGAGCAAAAAAUACUACACACAUCCACACACACACAAACACAACAAAAUCCGACAAUAACAACAAGGCAGCAUUCCCUUUCCUUUUUAUUUUUUUAAAUUUAUUUUAUUUUUUUUCCCAAUCCAUUCCUUGGCUCUUCCAGCACGCUCCGAGUUUGGCUUGCAAUUCCGGUGUGCUCUUUUAAAACCGUGGAUGGUAACCUUUAGUGUUUUUUUUUUUGUAUGUUUAUUCUUCUCUAGUAUACUCGGAAUGCCUGACAAUUCUCGUGCAUGAGUUUAUUACAUGGGUAAUAUAUGGAUAAUGGACUACUCGCUGUAUUUUACCGUCAUGCGGGAUGCUUGUGUGUGUUGUUUGGGGUCAUGAUGGUAAAAUACAGAAGACGUACGAGUCCCGUUGGAGAGACAAGGAUUCUUCUCAUUUUAGAUCCUUUUAGUAAGCAACAAACGAGACUUUUUGUGUGUUUUACAAAAGCAUGGCUGCGAUACCUGCGUGUUUGUUUACAUAAUAUAUACAUGUAUAUGUGUGUGCGUGAAUGGGGUGAAAUGCACUUCGCUGAGCGCAUGCCCGAUGUCGCCGCGCCGCGCCGCGCUGCGCCUGCCUGGCCCCGCCGUGUGCUUGUGUCCGUUUUUUUUUUUGGUUUGGCCAUCGGCUCCGUCUUGCUUCACAGCGAGCGCUCUUUGACUUUUUAAACCCAAGCGAAUGUUGCACGUGGGUUGCGCUGAGGCGGCGCUGCCCGUUUUUCCUCGUAGGAAUUUUGGAUGACGUUUUGUGAUGGUUUUUUUUUUUGCUGCGUUGCCGGGGGCAACUACUAUAUGCUGACUUGAGAAAAGGCGUGAUGUUUUUUUUGUCGAGUAUCUUUCUGCAUGUUGCAAUGAAAGUGUCCACGCUGAACUCUGACGAAGAAACUCCGUCUCUUGUGUUUUUGUUUAUGUUUAUUUCGACUUAGAUAGCAAUAAUCUUUUCUUUGACAGGAAGUCAUAUUUUGGCACCGGCGACCUUCCCCCGAGGUUGUGUCUGCAUCUUAACCCCCCCGGCAGCUAAUGUGGUGAUGAGCAAAAACCCAUAUCACACAGCAGAUUGCUGUCCAUACCUGCAUCAUUCACCAUUGGCCAGGUUACAUAACCAUACACUGACAGGCCACAACAUUAGGUACACAUGCACGAGCCGAUGAAAUGCAUAUAUAUAUAUAUAUAUUUCCACCUAUUCUCCAGAUUAAUUCUAGAUUAAUUACAAAAGAGGCGAGUUGUGUUCAGUAACGUCAAUAGAAUAUGAAUAUAGAAUAGAAUAUGAAUAGUUUUCACAAUAAAAAAAACAAUCAAAUUGUGAAAAUAAUAAGAAUUCUAAUUAUAAACUAGAAAAACUUGAAUGUGACUACCUGUUGCAUAGCUCAGGCAAAUGAUACAAGUUGCAUUCAAGAGCAUUAAAUCGUUUUCAUAAUGUAAACAAAACAAAUUAAACAAAAAAAAAAGAGAUAAAUAAAGCAUUUUUGAAUGGGACUGCCUGUUGCUUAGUUCAGGCAAAAGAUACAAGUUGCAUUCAAGAGCAUUCAAUGGUUUUCACAAUGUAAAUAAAACAAAUCAAACCCCAAAAAAAGAGAUAAAUAAAGCAUUUUUGAAUGGCCUUGCCUGUUGUUUAGCUCAGGAAAACGAUACAAGUUGCAUUCAAGAGCAUUCAAUCGUUUUCAAAAUGUAAACAGAACAAAUCAAACCCAAAAAAGAGAUAAAUAAAGCAUUUUUGAAUUGGCCUGUCUGUUGCUUAGCUCAGGAAAAAGAUACAAGUUGCAUUCAAGAGCAUUCAAUGGUUUUCACAAUGUAAACAAAACAAAUCAAACUUUUAAAAAAGAGAUAAAUAAAGCAUUUUUGAAUAGGCCUUCCUGUUGCUUGGCACAGGAAAAAGAUACAAGUUGCAUUCAAGAGCAUUCAAUCGUUUUUCACAAUGUAAACAAAACAAAUCAAACUUUAAAAAAAGAGAUAAAUAAAGCAUUUUUGACUAGACCUGCCUGUUGGUUGGCUCAGGAAAACCAUACAAGUUGCAUUCAAGAGCAUUCAAUCGUUUUCAAAAUGUAAACAAAACAAAUCAAACUUUUUUAAAAAAGUGCUAAAUAAAGCAUUUUUGAACUUGCCUGCCUGUUGCUUAGCUCAGGAAAAAGAUACAAGUUGCAUUCAAGAGCAUUCAAUUGUUUUCAUAAUGUAAACAAAACAAAUUAAACCAAGAAAAAGAGAUAAAUAAAGCAUUUUUGAACUUGCCUGCCUGUUGCUUAGCUCAGGAAAAAGAUACAAGUUGCAUUCAAGAGCAUUAAAUCGUUUUCAUAAUGUAAACAAAACAAAUCAAACCCAAAAAAGAGCUAAAUAAAGCAUUUUUGAAUAGGCCUGCCUGUUGCUUAGCUCAGGAAAAAGAUACAAGUUGCAUUCAAGAGCAUUCAAUGGUUUUCACAAUGUAAACAAAACAAAUCAAACUUUAAAAAAGAGAUAAAUAAAGCAUUUUUGAAUAGACCUGCCUGUUGCUUAGCUCAGGAAAAAGAUACAAGUUGCAUUCAAGAGCAUUCAAUCGUUAUCACAAUGUAAACAAAACAAAUCAAACUUUAAAAAAAGAGAUAAAUAAAGCAUUUUUGGCUAGACCUGCCUGUUGUUUGGCUCAGGCAAACCAUACAAGUUGCAUUCAAGAGCUUUCAAUCGUUUUCAAAAUGUAAACAAAACAAAUCAAACCAAGAAAAAGAGAUAAAUAAAGCAUUUUUGAACUUGCCUGCCUGUUGCUGAGCUCAGGUAAAAGAUACAAGUUGCAUUCAAGAGCAUUCAAUCGUUUUCACAAUGUAAACAAAUCAAACCCCAAAAAAGAGCUAAAUAAAGCAUUUUUGAAUAGGCCUGCCUGUUGCUUAGCUCAGGAAAAAGAUACAAGUUGCAUUCAAGAGCAUUCAACGGUUUUCACAAUGUAAACAAAACAAAUCAAACUUUAAAAAAGAGAUAAAUAAAGCAUUUUUGAAUAGACCUGCCUGUUGUUUAGCUCAGGCAAACCAUACAAGUUGCAUUCAAGAGCUUUCAAUCGUUUUCAAAAUGUAAACAAAACUAAUCAAACCAAGAAAAAGAGAUAAAUAAAGCAUUUUUGAACUUGCCUGUCUGUUGCUGAGCUCAGGCAAAAGAUACAAGUUGCAUUCAAGAGCAUUCAAUCGUUAUCACAAUGUAAAUAAAACCAAAAAAAGAGUUAAAUAAAGCAUUUUUGAAUGGGCCUGCCUGUAAUACAACUGAUUAAUCAUUAGCCACUUUCUUGCGUUAUCAGAAAAAGGGACUUAACUCUGCACUUCUUCGAAUAUGAAUAUGAAUAUGAGCCAUACCAAAAAAUGAAUUGUGCAAUGCUGUGGCCGGUUUGUGUACGGUAACAACAUAUUCUGAGCUAAUAUUACAUUUCAUUCGAUUCUAAUUCACAUUUCAAUAAGUCUGUGGUGGAAAACUUUGUAACAAAUUUUCUGAGCGAUUGUGUUGCUAAACGCUGAUAAGUUGAUGACGCAACCUCCGUUGUUGCUACUUAGGAGAGAGCGAAAGUGUGUGUAAUGUUGAUAAAUACGUGAAAACGGUCCGUACUGUAAAGGAGCGGGGAAGAGGUGCAAGCAAAAUAAGAAUAAUUCUGCAUGAAAAAUGUUAUUAUCAUGAAGGCUUUUCAGUAUUUACAUUUAACCUAUAAGAGUGUUUGUUUUUGUGUCUGCGACGCUUCCAACAUGUCACUCAACUGCUGUUUUGUGUGCAAAUAACGCCACAUGGACAUGGCGGCGGGGGUGAGAAAAGGCUUUUUAUAAUGUUUUUUUUUUGUUUUGUUUUUUUUUGUUCCAUGUGCCAAAUUUCUAUGUUUCACAAAACCGUGCUUGAAAAUAAUAAACAGGUUAGACGUG